AUGAUUUUCUUUACUUUGGUUCUGGUUCUAGGCCUUCUGGCCUCAAUCCCCUUCUCCACGCCGCUGGCCAUUCCUUCCCCGUCCUCGAUCAGCAGUGACAUCACGCUUCUCUACAACAACGACCUCGAUGUGUAUACCGCCACACAGCACAAGAGUGUCUUAUUGCUUACUCCGCGAACGCAAUCUGAAGCAGAGACUGCAUGUGCUAGCCUGAGCGAGACCCUUUUGCCAAUCAAUGAGACCUUCUUCACGACGGACUUGGUGCCUUUGCUCCAGUAUCAAGCCUACGAGGGUGCAUACGGCGAAGGUCAGCUAUACCUAGUCGCGUCAGAGGGCGAUUCCUGUGCGGCUGUCAACAGCUUUGGGCAAGUCAGCCUGGUCUCCUGUGAUACGGAACUACCGGUCCUGUGCAGCCAGAGUUCGGCGUACGGCGCAUACGCCGAUUCGACAAAUUUGUUGACCGUAUACGCAGAUGACCUGACUAUCACAGGAUAUCGUGAUCAGCUUUCGUUCCGCUUCGAGGGAAUUCCGUACGCCGAUGCACCCCCCCGUUUCACGUAUCCUACUGGGUGGACAGGAUCCAAAACGCUGAACGCAACAGCUUUCGGCUCAGAGUGUGUCCAAGCAGGUGUACCGGACAGUAGCGAGGAUUGUUUGUUCCUUAACAUCUGGACCCCGUUCAUCCCUGAGGAUGCGUCCACUGUGUCGGCUGAUAGUCUUAAGCCUGUCCUGUUCUGGAUUCAUGGUGGUGCUUUUACCAGCGGUACUGGCUCGGAUCCAACUUUCGAGGGCAGUAACGUCGCCUCGCGAGGAGACGUCGUCCUAGUCACCAUCAACUAUCGUCUCUCUACCUUAGGUUUUCUCGCCCUCGAAGACGGGAAGACGAAUGGAAAUUUCGGCCUGGCAGACCAGAUUGCUGCUCUGGACUGGGUGAAAGAGUAUAUUACGGCCUUUGGCGGCGACCCCAACCGCAUCACGAUCUUUGGUCAAUCUGCGGGAGCGGCAUCGGUGCGUGCGUUGCUGGGAUCCCCUCAGGCAAUUGGGAAGUAUGCAGCGGCUGUUCCGAUGAGUAACCUUGCCGGCUCAGACUACGCGACAACAUACUCCUUGUAUUACACCAUCCCAGAGGAGGUCACCACGGUGGUAUACCCGAUUUUGGAGGAGAUCGGUUGCAAUAUCACUGACGCACUUGCAUGUCUUACUGCUUAUAACGCCUAUGACCUUGUAAAUCUGGUCAACGUUGCCAGAUUCAUCGUUGUGGAUGGCACCAUUAUAACGCAUACAGAACUGCCGCUCAAUGGUUCUGGAACCGUUGCUAGCGUUCACACAAUGAUGGGAUAUAUGCGAGACGAUGGUGCUGCUUUCAUCGGCUAUCCAACUUCCACGAACUUGACGGAAGCCCUGGAAGCACAAUACCUCCCUAUCACUGUAGCAAAUAACCCCCUCUUCAUUCUCCCGACUGGCCCGAACGCGACACUUGAUGUUUUCAACGUGACUGCGCGAGCCGCGACAGACGUCGAGUUCCGUUGCCUGGACCAAGCCACUGCAUGGUCUGCCAUACAGCAUGAUCUCUUUGAGAGUAUCUGGUUCUACCAGUUCAACCGGAGCUACCAGACCCCUGGUUUCUCACCCAAUUACCCUGUCUGCGAGGCCCCAAUAACUGCCGACUACCCAUACGGCGAUCCCGAGUUGGAAUACUUCAAGUGCCACUCCGGCGAACUGUACUACGUCUUCGCUAGCUUGCCAAGCACGUUGCCAUACCGAGACCAGUAUGAUCUGCCAUUCAUGCAGCGGAUGCUCGACACCUGGACGUCGUUCGCCCGCACGUACAAUCCAAAUCCCGACGUGGCGUUCUUGACGGCGCGUGGGUACUACGGGACCAUCGAACAGCUGGCCGCGGAGAGUGCCUGGUUGCCAGUCACCUCGGAAACGAUUAACACAACACCGCUGAGAACACUGCAAUGGCAGAGUUUCAUGGGCGCGUUCGCAGAGCAGCCGCAGUGUGAAUAUUUGGGCUAUCCUUUGAAUUACUUCGGAUGA